AUGAAAACCUUUUUUCUCUCCGUCUUUUGGAUUCCCAUCCUCACGCUUCAGAAUCCGGACGAUCCCACCUUCUUUCCCUGUUCAGAUGGCCGCUUCUGGCAGUGUAUCGCCCGGAGGACGGAUCGUAUGUCCGUGGAUUUGGGCUCGGAUCUACAAUCAUAUGACCGGAAUACGACCGGGCUCAGUAAUAGGGAAAAGUACCUGAGGCUACCCAUCAACUUCUACGCGGUCUACUUAAAUAAGGUAAUGGCUGUGAUGUGUUUUGAUAUUUUUAGCGGUUUUAUGGUAAAGAGUUAUAUUUAGGCUGACAUGUGUGUUUUGCUAAUGUUUCUGGUUUUAUUUCUUGUUCCAAACACUUUCAAGUCAAAAUUUAAACUAAAAAUAGCCAAGACUGGUCUAAAAAUAAAUAGAAAAGGCAAUUCUUUAUACUUUCUGACCUAUGUUUCUAAAAAAAUUUUAAAUUUAGCUUAAGAUCACGCUAACGUAUACGUAUCUCGUGACCUUGUCGCUGUAUGUUGUUGUUAUUAUGACCUUAAAGCAGUCAAAAAACAUUUUCCAAAAGUUAUUCUUCAAAUUUAUGAAAAAAUAGCUUUUUAUGGUAAUAAUAUUAAGGUAAUAAAAGGUCAAAAAGUUGCUCUAAAAAUACAAUAAUAUCACUUUUUCAUAAUGUAAAAUGUGAUAUAGAGCCUAUUUUUAUAGUAAAAGAGAACUUAUGUAAACAAAUAUAUUGUAGUAGGUUGUAGCGACUUGUGUCUUUGCAGGUGAAUUCAUUAGACGGCUCGUUGUUCGUCUCAGCUCGAGUUAAGAUUGAAGUUCGUCCAGUGGCGCUGCUUAAUGCGACUGGACUAGUGCUUCAAUUCACCCCACACAGUAACAACAAGGCUACGAUCAGCUACGAGGCCGUGCUACGGAAACGGAAGUAUAUGAACCCCAACUACACGGUGGGUAUUUGAAUAUUCAAAUUUUUAUUAUUAAAUUUUGAUUUAAAAUAAUUUUAAAUUAAAUUUUAUCUAGUUUCUAAAACGACCUCCAGGUCAAGAAGUUUGCAGAACCACUUAGCCUGCUCCACAUUCCUUUUCUUUUUCUACUUAUUUAUUGACCGGGUGGAAGCGCUUACCAAUAUAAAUCAUGCUUUUCAGGUGGACUUUGCGUUCAACGUGGAGAAGGUAUUGGAGUACUCUACCAAUUACACGCUAAGAGUAGGUGUCGGCAGUUGUCGCCAUUACUCAUCUGAUGUCAUUUCUAUUUUCAGUUCGCUUUGUUACCUCUGGCAUCUCGGGUUUGGGCACAAACAACCUUGGAGGUCCGCGAUUACUGUAAGCUCAUUUCGAAUUUUAAAUUUUGUAAACUAUUAAAGGUUCAUUUAUAGUCAAUCUGAUAGGCUUUCACGACUAACAUAAUAUUACCACACCUACCGUGUAUCUAUUACCGUGUUUUAGCCAUCUCCGACCAAAAUUGUGACCAAGAAUCAGAAGCCCGCCAACGAGAAGCGUCACGAUGGACUACUACGAUUCAGGAAAUAAUUAUCUUUCCACACUCGAAGGCUGCUAACAUCACCUUCUUCGGAGCUCCCCCGGGUUACUGUAUCGACUCUUACAAGGUCCUGUUGGCUUUGGAAGGGCUGACACCUACUGAAACCCACAUUGUUUCGGCUGCAAGUUACUUAAUGUUGUUUAAUAAUGUUAUGCUUUAUGAAAAGGUUGUCUCUAUAAUAUAUCACAAUUACAGGACUCAAUGACAAGAUAUAACGAUGUUAUGAUCGGCAAUGUCACUAUGUCAAUGAUGACACCAGGACAGAAUUAUAAGGCUAUAGUGAGUUAAAUUUACAGUAAGAUUGAUUGUACUACCCAAAAUACGCUUUUGAAUGUCAAAAAAUAAUGCCACAAAGCCUUAUAUUACUAUUAUGAAUAAGCUAGUUUAAUAUCAUCAUGGACAAUAUAAGAUAGUAUUGCGGGGUUGUGUUGAGACGAUCAGGUGACAUCUCGAAUGACAAACACUUUUUGUGACAUUUGAAUGACAUAUGGGAUGUCCGUGAUACGAAAAAAAAACAAAAAUGACACAUGGGCUAGUGUCCUCUAUGUUAUGUUAGGAUAACAUAUUAGAAAAGGUACUAAUUGACUCUACUAUAAUACGACACAAAGCAAUAUAAACAUAUUGACCUUUUAAAUGGCAUGUAUUAUAAUAUACUAAGUAAAUGACCCCAAUGUGUCAUAUGAUCUAUGCUUCAGCCCUGGUCCCUUGCUCUUUCAGUAAUCAAAUUAGCCAUUUCAGAUAAUUCCUUUCAACUCCGACCACAGUAAGUGUGUCUGUAAGAACGCCGUCAACUGUGCCUGUGUCACUGUAGACAGUGAAAUGUUCGUAUUUCCCUCCUUUUCGGCGAAAGUGACAGACACAAAACCCAAUCACAUCAUGAACAUACGAAUAGUAGACGACCUAACAUACCACCACACAGAGACCCACAGUAUGUUGUUGAUAAUCAUGGUACUGGGGACAUCGCUGGGCAUCGUCAGCAUCCUACUCGCCUUCAUGGUAUGGCAAGGGAAGUGGGACAAGAGGGGGCUGUUCUUGGUCAUGAAGCCGGCUGCCAUAUCAGAGAACGGCAUACCUAUAGACGACGGCCAAGACCGGCCACUCCUCCACAGACAUCUUACUGUACUUAUUUUGAAUGCCGAGUACGGUAGACUACCGUAUACCAACAUGUUGGCGGACUACCUAACUCAACACGAUGUAAAAGUCAACUGUGUCUUCCGAGAUACGAAGGCCAUCGAACAUAACAUACAGAUGUGGUGUCUAAGGGCAGUGCAAUCGGCCGAUAAGGUGAGGUGAUUACCGUCUUUAUCAUUACCGUAAUACUUGCAGAUUAUCUUCUUUCACAGCGAUCGCAUGGCUCAGUUACUGUGGAACAAGCCCACAUCACAUGAUAUGUCCAGUAACGUGUUCCGGACGCUCUUGUCCAUGUUGGAGUUCAACGAUAAGAGAAUGGUAUGUCUGUCUCAUGUUAAUAUAUCUAUCAGUAUCUUAUUAGUACGUUACGGUGUGGUAAAGAUGCUGUGUUUUAAGUAACGUCUUCUUAAACUGGCCCUCGCUUAUAUUGUGUUACAGGUACAUGUCAAGUGGGAUAACUCUCGAACCAUGUUCAGUCAUACCGAGGUAAUCUACCGUAUACCUCGAGAUACUAACCUUCUGAUCAAAUCCAUCACGGAAACCAAGCCAAACAAAGUUAUCGUAGAUAACUUGAAGGUAGGCUUUAAAUUACUUUUGAUUAUCAACAGUGCACAACCAGUACAGUACUUAUUAUAAUUUAUUUAUUUUAGGCGAAAUACCGUGAAAUAGAAGGUAAAAGACAACAAACCCCUGAGGACAUGAAUCAUAAAAUGAGCAAAGAUAUACUAGAAGAUACUGUGGUUAACAUGGUAGAAGAUACCGAAGAUACUGUAGAUGGCCUUACAGAAUUAAACGCUACAAAACAUACCGUUCACAAUGCUGUGAAUACGGUAAUACCACAAGAAAACACAAGAACAUGCGCUACAGAAGAUGACGGUACCUACAGUAUGUCAACAUCGAAUGACGAUACGAUAUACAUAGUGGAAGAAGAAUCUCCAAAGAAGCCAACAGACGGCUACAACAGUGACUCUGGAGUCAUGGUGUAA